UCUUUAGAAAAGGCCGGUAGAGUGCACCGUCGGUUGCAACCACUUCUAUAUAAAAAAGCAAGAAUGUUCAGGUCCAUGAGCUUGAAGAAUCUGCUCUCGUCCAAGGCUUCCGGCAGAGCCUCUGGUGGGUCUCUGAUUGGCCGGCAUACUAUUAAUAGUACCGGUAAUCGCAACGUACCGGUCCGUUCCUUGGUGAGUGUUGCACAACCCUCCACUAAUGCUGGCGAUCCUUUUUUUGGUCAACAACAUCCCUGGAUCCACGUAGUUGGCGGGUUGGCGGCUGCUGCUCUGGCAGCUACUACAGCAGAUUCUCGCAGCAGCAGUCGUUGUGAACAGGCAGACAACGCUAUAGAAGAUGAUGAACCAUCCCCACUACUUCGACUGUUGGUAGAAAACGAUGACACCAAUCCUCUGUGGCCCGGUGGAUGCCGCGAAGAAGAUGUCGAUGCCUUUGUGGACCAAGUCUUGCAAGAUCCCACUAUUAAUGUCGCCGGUAUCCCUGAUGUCGCCGAACGCAUCGUUUACAAAUCGACUGUUCGGUUGGUCUUGAAUACCUUUUAUUUCUUGCUGUCCAAAUUGCACGGAUUUGCUCUGUUGGAUCACGAAGUGGUGUUGCAUUUGGAACGAACCGCCGCGGAAACACCCGUGCCAACAUUGGAAUGGAAGAACAACACCAAUCAUAAUCAAACCAUCGGCAGCAGCAACUUGAAGGUGGAAGCAUCCGUCGACGAGCACGUCUUGGAACAAGUGGCGGACCAGUUGUUGGCCAAUGCCGCCGUAAACACCACAUUACUCCCGGAUGCCUUGGAGCGACCACUCUAUGUCAAUUCACUCCGAUUGGUCUUUCGAUUGUUGGAUAUUCUGACAUCCUCCUUUCAUUUGAAAGUCUGUGGGCAUGUCUUGUUGAUGGAUUUGGCUCCGUUGCAUGAUGACGAAGGAAAACGCUCGUCGUCGCUAUCGUCCUCCUUGACCCGCAUCGAUUUGGACAAGGUCCGGGAAGUGGCGCGACGACAUGCGGGAAUUCACGACGACGGUUAUACAUCGGAAUUAUCCUUUUUCCAGCGUUAUUCUAUCCGACGAGAGUUCCUGGCGCAAUUGCAUGCCAGUAUCUAUGCGCUCCUGCUGGGAAUCGCCGAUGAUAUUCUGGCCAACGCCGAAAUCACGCUCUUGUCCGACAAGAUUGUGUUGGAUGUCAUUCCACAACGAUCUGCUGCUGCUGCUCGCAAAGCAGUCAAGAAGCAAACUAUCAACGUCGCAGCCGGUAAGAACAAGGAUAGCAGUGAUUCUGGGAACGUUGUUGAUGGAGGGAGCUUUCUCUUGGGAUGUGGUGUAGGCGCAAUGACGGUGGCAGUUGCCAUGGCCUUGGGGCAACGUGGACGAUGAUGAAAUGCCCUUGACAGCAGUGGUACAGUACAUGUAUUCGUAUCGAACAGAUAGCAACCAAGACCGCUGCCCUCGUAAUCUCCCAGUAAACCGCACCACUCUCGGGGAUGAUUUCAAUCCUGUUAGUAUGGCUCAUAAAAAUGUACAAAUUAGUAGGCUGCAUUAUCUAGCGCU